AUGGCCAGUCUGUUUGACGCUAUUCUGCAGUCCGAAUUGGGCUCCAACGCAGGAACCAGGGAAAGACCAUUUCCAUCAUCAGAUCAGCCACCCACCUCCCGGCCUCAUCCCCCCUCAGAAAGCAAUGGCCAAAUGAGCGAGGCGGAGGGGUUCGCGGAUGAUCAAGUUGUUGGCCCAGGCGGUUCCCUUCCUAGACGUCCAAGACACCCGCUCUACGGGAGAGGGCCCCCACCCGUCCAGGACGUUGCGGGCGAAAAGGUUCAGCAGGCCUUUGAAGAAUUAUUGGAGACACAUGUCGAAGAGCCCUCAUCCUCAGGCGUGCCUCCGUCGUCCGAAAUACUCAGCAACAAAUACUAUAUUGCACAAAUUCAUGGGUUACAACGAUACCAGCUUUCCACUCUCUACGUCGACUUUACACACCUCACCUCCCUUCCAAACCAGAUUCUGGCUGAUGCCAUUGCCAAUCAAUAUUACCGAUUCCAGCCUUACCUGACAAAAGCUCUCCACAAUCUUAUCGCCAAAUAUGAACCCCAAUAUUUUAGAGAACAUCGACAGAUAAACAGCACGUCAUCCCAGGCCGGCACGUCGACCUUAGCCGCCGACAGCACUGAGCCUGACUCGUUGGCAGGAAAGACAAGACACCAACAAACAGACAAAGUGUUUUCCCUGGCUUUUUACAAUCUACCACUAGUGUCCAGACUACGACAACUCCGAACUGCUCAGAUAGGGAAGCUUCUUUCGAUAUCUGGGACGGUAACUAGAACUUCUGAAGUCCGCCCGGAACUUGCGUUAGAUAUCCGUCAGAGCACAUUCAUCGAUUGGCAGAAAGUGAAGUUGCAGGAAUCGUCCCAUGAAAUACCAACAGGGAGUAUGCCACGCACCAUGGACAUUAUUUUACGAGGAGAGAUGGUCGAUCGAGCCAAAGCUGGAGAGAGGUGUAUUUUCACUGGCACCCUUAUCGUUGUCCCAGAUGUUAGCCAGCUAGGACUCCCUGGGGUCCGUCCAGAAGCAACUCGAGACAACGGGAAUUUCCGUGGGAGUGAUGUCGGAGGGAAUGGAGUUAGCGGCUUGAAAUCCCUGGGUGUUCGCGACCUCACCUACCGCCUUGCCUUCGUUGCCUGUAUGGUAACUCCCGAUCUAACCACCCCCGGCCGUGCCUCUUCCCAGCAACUUAAUGGUCAAUCACAAAAUAUCCUUGCAUCCUUGAAUCAGACCGAUCAGCUAGAAACUUAUGAAGAUGAGGCGCAAGACCACCUUCUUCAAACACUUACGCCUUACGAAGUACAAGAUCUUAAAAAUUUAGUUCAUUCUGAGUACAUUUAUUCCCGAUUAGUGGACUCGAUUGCUCCCAUGAUUUACGGUCAUAGAGCUAUUAAAAAGGGCCUACUAUUACAGUUAAUUGGAGGAGUAUCCAAAACCACACAGCAGGAAAAUAUGCAAAUCCGUGGUGACAUUAACAUAUGCAUAGUCGGAGAUCCUUCCACAAGUAAAAGCCAAUUUUUAAAGUAUAUCUGUUCAUUGAAUCCUCGAGCUGUAUACACCAGUGGAAAAGCAUCUUCGGCCGCUGGUUUAACUGCUUCAGUUGUCAAGGACCCAGAGACUGGUGAAUUUACUAUUGAAGCUGGCGCUUUGAUGCUCGCGAAUGGGGGCGGCAUUUGUGCCAUUGAUGAAUUUGACAAGAUGGAUAUUAGCGACCAAGUCGCCAUUCACGAAGCAAUGGAACAACAGACCAUCUCUAUUGCUAAAGCUGGCAUUCACACCACCCUAAAUGCACGCGCAAGUAUUCUGGCCGCUGCUAACCCAAUCGGUGGGCGAUACAACCCCAAAGCCACGCUCCGGGCAAAUCUCAAUUUCAGCGCCCCCAUCAUGAGUCGUUUUGAUCUGUUCUUCGUCAUCCGCGAUGAGCCGAAUGAAGCCGUGGAUAGAAACCUCGCUGAACAUAUUGUGAAUGUCCAUAUGAAUCGCGACGAUGCUGUCGAACCUGACCUCACCACCGAGCAGUUGCAGCGAUACAUCAGAUUUGCUCGAACUUUUCGACCUGUUUUUACUGAAGAAGCCAAGGAGCUGCUCGUGGAGAAAUACAAGGAACUCCGUGCCAACGACGCUCAAGGUGGGCUUGGAAGAAGCAGUUAUCGAAUUACGGUCAGACAGCUAGAGAGUUUGAUUCGAUUAUCUGAGGCGGUUGCGAAGGCCAACUGUGUCGAAGAGAUCGUGCCCAGCUUUGUCAAGGAAGCGUUCGACCUCCUCAGGCAGAGCAUUGUUACCGUUGAAAAGGACGACGUUGAGGUUGAUGAUGGAACUGGUGACCAAAAUGCCGAUAGCGCCUCUGGAAUUCGCGAUGCGGCACCUCACCAGGAUAGAGAUGGGGAUAGCCCGAUGCGUACAGGCGAUGAUGACGAUCAUGUCAAUGCGCCUCAUGUCACAACCCAGCAGCCUCAAACCCAGAAGACGAAGAUUACAUAUGAUAAGUAUAUGCGAAUCCUUAACAUUCUUGUCCGACGGGUCAACGACGAUGAGGCCAAUGCAGGGGAUGGCGUAGAGCAGGAAGAUUUGAUAGUUUGGUAUCUUGAGCAGAUUGAAUCGGAGCUGAAUAGCGAGGAGGAGAUGGAAGCUGAGCGGUCACUAGCUGUUAAAGUCCUCAAGAGGAUGGUUAAGGACAAUAUUCUCAUGCACAUCCGGGGCGAAGGCCUGGUCGAGUCGGACGACCAACAGCAACAGCAACAAGAGCAAAGAGUUGUAUACGUCUUACAUCCUAACUGUGCGGUCGAGGAGAUAUAA